AUGCCCGGGGACUUCAGCAUCGGCGCUGCGCCGAUGCUCGUGCCGCCCGGACCGUGGGAGGUGAUCGAGGGCAACUGCGUCACGGCCAAGGGCUUCAAGGCGCAGGGCAUGCACGCCGGGAUGCGCGCCAAGGGCACGAAGGCGGACCUCGCGCUGGUGGUCGCGGACGAGGCCGCGGUCGCGGGGGGGGUGUUUACGCAGAACGUGAUGUGCGCGGCGCCCGUCACCCUGAGCAAGGACAACCUGGCCAAGUCGGACAGGAUCAAGGCCGUGAUCAUCAACGCCGGGCAGGCCAACGCCGCGACGGGCCGCCUCGGCAUGGAGGACGCCGUCAAGUCGGCGCAGGCGGUCGCGCAGCAGCUGGGGUGCAAGCCCGAGGAGGUGCUGGUUCAGUCGACGGGCGUCAUCGGCCAGCGCAUCAAGUUUGAGAAGCUGAUCGAGGGUCUGCCGACGCUGGCGGCGGGGCUGGGCUCGGAGUACGAGGACGGGCACCGCGCGGCGGUGGCGAUCACGACGACGGACCUGGUGAGCAAGUCGUGCGCGCUGAAGAUGAAGCUGAGCGACGGCACGGAGGUCACGCUGGGCGGGAUGUGCAAGGGGUCGGGGAUGAUCCACCCGAACAUGGCGACGAUGCUCGGGACGCUCACGUGCGACGCGGCCGUCGACGCCCAGGUCUGGCGCGGCAUGCUCAGCCGCUGCAUCCGCGACACCUUCAACCAGAUCUCGGUGGACGGCGACACGUCGACGAACGACUGCGUGUUUGCGCUGGCGUCGGGCGCGGCGGGGAACGCGCCGAUCACGGACGCGGAGAGCGAGGACGGCAAGCUGCUCGAGUCGGCGCUGAAGGCCACGCUCGCGGGGAUGUGCAAGGCCAUCGCGUGGGACGGCGAGGGCGCGACGGCGCUCGUCGAGUGCAAGUGCACCGGCGCCGCCACCGACGACGACGCCCGCACCGUGUCGCGCUCCGUCGUGUGCUCGAGCCUCGCCAAGGCCGCGAUCUACGGCCACGACCCCAACUGGGGCCGCAUCGCGUGCGCGGCGGGCUACUCGGGCGUCCAGUUCGACCAGGAGAAGCUGGCCGUGACGCUGGGGGGCAUCAAGCUCAUGGAGAACGGGCAGCCGCUGGCGUUCGACAAGAAGGAGGCGAGCAACUACCUGAAGAGCCAGUGCGACGUGCACGGCGUGGUGAACAUCGACGUGUCGAUCGGGGACGGGCCGGGCGAGGGCGUCGCGUGGGGGUGCGACCUGUCGUACGACUACGUCAAGAUCAACGCAGAGUACACCACCUAG